ACGAAAAAGCAACAUUUACUAGUUUGUUUUUUGUAUUUCUACAUAGUAGACAUCUAUGUAACUAUUGUUUUUUAUCAUCAUAAUUUUUUAUUAUUUGUUAAUCUACUUUCUUUCCAUGCUACAACCUCAUAUAAUAUUAUCUAGGUAGGUAGCUUAUCUAUCUGUGUACACUAGAGUACUAGACUACAAAGGUCGAUCAAUUAGACGUUUAUAGAGUUAAUUAAAUAUUGUUAUUAUGUCAUAAUAGGUACAGUAAAAUAUUUACAGUUGAAUGUUCUCACAAGUGUUUUAUCUUUAUACUAAACCUCAUGCCAUAACAUAGUGAUUAUAGCUACCAAAACAGUGUAUCGUUUGUUUAUACAUAUCUACCUUUUUGUAUUUGUUGUUGGUUCAUUACUGUAUAACUCAUAGACUAUAAGUUGUAUUAUUUGGAGUACAAUAUAAUAGCACUAUAGUUUCAUUAUGAAGGGAAACUUCAAGCAUGUUUGCCGCUAUUUUUCUAGAAGUUCUAUAGAUGUCACUCCUGAAGUUAAAAAUGCUUUGAAUAACCAAAAACCAGUAAUUGCAUUAGAAUCAGCUCUUAUUACACAUGGAUUACCAUACCCAAAAAAUGUGGAGACUGCUUUGGAAAUGGAACACAUCAUCAAGUCCCAUAAUAUUAUUCCGGCUACAAUUGGUAUAAUUAAUGGGAGAGUUAAAGCUGGUAUGUGUCCUGAACAGAUCAAUGUUCUUGGCUUAUCAGCUGAGAAAAAAACAUUCAAAGUUUCAAGGAGAGAUUUCCCUUAUGUGCUAAGCCAAGGUUUAAAUGGUGGAACCACAGUAUCUGGCACAUUAGUUGUCGCUAAUGCUCUAGGCAUAAGAUUCUUUGUUACUGGUGGCAUUGGCGGAGUUCACAUAGAUGGUCAAAAUUCCUUAGAUAUAAGUGCUGAUUUAUUUGAGUUGUCCAGAUGUGCAAUAAUGGUUGUAUCUGCUGGUAUAAAAUCAAUACUUGAUAUAGGACGAACUUUAGAGUACCUUGAAACUGUGGGUGUCUGUGUUGCUUCAUAUGAUUCAAAUGGUGAAUUUCCUGCAUUUUAUACUAAACAAAGCGGAUAUCAGUCUGUAUGUAAUGUUACUUCACCAUAUGAAGCAGCUGGCCUUUUAGAACAAUGUCAAAAUACGGGAUCUGGUGUUCUGUUAGCUGUUCCAAUACUAGAAGAAAAAAUAAAAAAAACAGAAAUUGACAAAGCGAUAGAAAAUGCUCGUCAGAUUUGUGAAAAGCAAGGAAUCAUGGGAAAAAAUAUUACUCCUUUUGUUCUGAGCGAAGUUAGUCGGCUGACAAAAGGACUUUCCAUGGAUACUAACAUUUCUUUAUUGAAGAAUAACUCUUUGGUUGGAAGUAAAAUUGCUAUGGAGUAUUAUUCAAAAUUGUCGUCCACCCCAAAAUCAGUUUUUGAAGUAAAAAAAAGUCUGAAAAAAUCUACAAAAUCUCCUGUAGUAAUUGGUGGUAGUAAUGUAGACUAUGUGCUUCAAGUUGAUGAAGAUUUAAAGCUGGACGGUCGAAUGUUGGCGGGUCAAAUGAAACGUGUCAGCGGCGGGGUCGGUAGAAACAUAGCGGACGCUUUGGGCCGGUUCGGACACGAUGUCUGUUUCUUGACCGCUGUCGGGGACGAUUCCAACGGCCGCUCGAUAAUCGAAUCGCUCGACCACAUAAAAACGGACAGGAUCGCAGUGGUCGGUGAUCAGUCGACGUCUUGGUGCGUGGUGUUCCACGACCGACUAGGCGACUGCAUGGCGUGCAUCGGUGACAUGGAAUGCCACAAGCGAAUAACUAUUGACAUGAUCAAGAAAAAUAUUGACGCGUUGUACCAGAGUCCGCUCGUGGUUGUCGAUGGAAAUGUUUGUCCAGAGACAAUGGAAUUUAUAAUUGGAUUUUGCAACGAAGAAAACAUACCAGUAUACUUUGAAACAACUGACAUUGCUGUGGCUUCCAAACCAUUUUAUUCAGAUAUGUGGAAAGGGUUUUCUUUUAUGUCUCCAAACUUGAAGGAGCUACAAGAAAUUUCAAAAAAUCUUACAGCUGAAGUGAGUGCAAAUUACGCUAUUAAAGUUUCCAUUAACGGCGGCGGCGAAUUCGACACACGAGAUCGCAUAAUGAAUAGUUCAAAAGACAUCGUUUGUAAGCUAAUAUCUCACAUUCCCGUCAUUAUGGUAACGCUUGGCGACAAAGGGCUGUUGUUGGCUUCGAGACAAUCCGAUGACACGGUUUCGCUGGUACACUAUCCGUCGCAAAAAAUAGAGACGCCCGUCAGUGUUUCCGGAGCCGGUGAUUGUCUGUGCGCAGGAUACAUAUCAGGAGUCUUACAAGGAAAAUCACAAGAUGAAUGUGUGUCCAUGGGCCUGAGAGCGGCUACAUCAGCACUUUUAUCUCAUAGGCCAGUUCCCAUAGAGCUGAAUGUCAACUAACUGUAUGAAAUAAAUAAUAUUUACUUUCACUAUACAAAACAACUGUAUGAUGUAAUUUUAAGAAUACCAUUUGUGAAAAUUAUAAAUAACAAUAAUAAUUCAUGUUAACCAAA